UCUUCAUGCCAACUGUGAAGUCUGUGAUGACCACCUCCUCUGCACGCAAGACAUUUGCCCUUGUAAUCUCCCGUUAUUACUCUUCUGCCACUGUGCUCAACACGCCUCUCCAUCCCCUCCAUUCUCUUCAGUUUGCGAUAGACCAACAAUCUCUGAGCCUCAGCCUAGAAUGCCACGCUCAAAUCCUCACUCAUGGGCUCGGACAAAACCCUUUCCUCGCCACGAAGCUCAUCUCCGUGUACGCUAUAUGUGGAAGCCCAGCUCGGUCACGGCUCGUUUUUGACUGGGUUGAGCUCAAGAAUGUGUACCUAUGGAACUCUUUGAUUAAUGUGUUUGUGAAAAAUCGUGUCUAUAAUGAGGCUUUUGAUACAUUCCACGAAAUGUGCUCUAGUGAUGAAAUACCGGAUGAUUAUACGCUCGCAACGCUCGCGAAAGCAUCCGGCGAGAUUGGAGACUCAGUUGCUGGGAAAUGGAUUCACGGGAAGAGUUUACGAAUCGGGUUUGUUUUGGAUACGGUUGUUGCGAAUUCGUUGAUGUCGAUGUACUGUAAAUGUGGUGAAUUUAGUGAAUCCCGGAAGUUGUUUGAUGAAAUGCCGAAAAGAAAUUCAAGUUCCUGGAAUGUAAUAAUAGCGGGCUAUGCGAACUCCAGGGGUUGCAGUUUUGAUGAGGAAUUAUGGCAGGUAGUAAAAUAUAUGCAGAAUGAUGGGGUGAAACCCGAUGGGUUUACAGUUUCGAGUCUGCUGCCUCUUUGUGGCGGUGAUGGUGGGAGAUGGGAUUAUGGGAGGGAGCUUCAUUCUUAUAUUGUGAAGAAUGAAUUGGAUUUGGGUUUGGGGUCAGAUGUUCAUUUGGGGUGUUGUUUGAUUGAUAUGUACUCAAGGAGUAAUAAAGUUGUUGUGGGUAGACGGGUGUUUGACAGAAUGAGAUGUAGAAAUGUUUAUGCUUGGACAGCGAUGAUCAAUGGUUAUGUGCAGGAUGGAGCUUCGGACAAAGCAUUGAUUCUUUUUCAUGAAAUGCAGGUGAAAGAUGGAAUAGAGCCCAACAGAGUGUCACUUGUGAGCAUCCUUCCUGCUUGUAGCUCACAUGGUGGUUUAAUAGGUGGGAAACAAAUUCAUGGGUUUGCAAUCAGAAAGGAAUUGUAUCAUGAUGUAUCUUUAUAUAAUGCUUUGAUUGACAUGUAUUCCAAGUGCGGGAGCUUGGAUUGUGCAAGGAGAGUUUUUGAGGACGAUUCCUUUUGUAAAGACGCAAUCUCUUGGAGCUCAAUAAUUUCGGGGUACGGAUUACAUGGAAGGGGCAAGGAAGCCAUCUUUUUGUAUGAGAAGAUGCUUCAGCAUGGGAUCAAACCAGACAUGAUAACAAUAGUGGUGGUUCUUUCUGCAUGUGUAAGGUCAGGGUUGGUGACUGAAGGCCUCAACAUCUAUAGCUCAGUAAUAAAUGUGUAUGGAAUUAAACCAACAGUUGAAAUUUGUGCUUGUGUGGUUGAUUUGUUUGGCAGAUCAGGCCAGCUAAAUCAAGCUUUAGAUUUUAUUAAAUCAAUGCCUGUGGAACCUGGUCCAAGUGUUUGGGGGGCUCUUGUUAGUGCCUCUAUAAUGCACGGGAAUUCUGACAUCCAAGAUCUGGCUUAUAGAUUUCUUAUUCAGCUAGAACCGAAGAACCCCUCGAAUUUUAUCUCGCUAUCAAAUUUAUAUGCUUCUUCGAGGAGAUGGGAUGUUGUAGCUGAAGUAAGAACGAUGAUGAAAGAAAGAGGUUUGAGGAAGGCUCCGGGCUGCAGUUGGAUUAGCAUUAAUAGUAGUACUCAUUGUUUCUAUGUCGCUGAUAAAGUACAUCCUUGCUCCAAUUCAAUCUAUGAGAUGCUUGAUUACCUUGUUCCGAUAAUGAAGGGAGCUAGUCCUUCUUCUGAUAUUGAAUAUAUGGUAUAGAUGUGUUGGCAUUUGAUGGAUAAAUAGGCUGUUUCAUGGAUUCCAAGAUGUUUUGAGGGGCAUCUUGACUGAAUUAUACAGUGCGGAAGACAGUA